UUUAACGGCGAAAAGCUGAAACUCCAGUUAUGGCAAGAACUAAGCAGACCGCUCGUAAGUCCACCGGUGGCAAAGCGCCGAGAAAGCAGCUCGCCACUAAAGCAGCCCGUAAGAGCGCUCCAGCCACCGGCGGGGUGAAGAAGCCUCAUCGUUACAGGCCCGGUACCGUGGCGUUGAGAGAAAUCCGCCGCUACCAGAAAUCCACAGAGCUGCUGAUUCGUAAGCUGCCUUUCCAGCGUCUGGUGAGAGAAAUCGCUCAGGACUUCAAGACUGAUCUGCGCUUCCAGAGCUCCGCCGUCAUGGCCCUGCAGGAGGCCAGCGAGGCUUAUUUGGUCGGUCUCUUUGAAGACACAAAUCUGCGUUCAGAAGAAAUCAUGUCAGGAAGAGGCAAAGGAGGAAAAGGACUCGGCAAAGGAGGCGCUAAGCGUCACCGUAAAGUGCUGCGCGAUAACAUCCAGGGAAUCACCAAACCGGCCAUCCGUCGUCUCGCUCGUCGUGGAGGCGUCAAGCGUAUCUCUGGUCUGAUCUACGAGGAGACUCGCGGUGUGUUGAAGGUGUUUCUGGAGAACGUCAUCCGUGAUGCCGUCACUUACACGGAACACGCCAAGAGGAAGACCGUUACUGCCAUGGACGUCGUCUACGCUCUGAAACGACAGGGACGCACUCUGUACGGGUUCGGAGGUUAAGCGACACCAAUUCGACCAAAUCAAACGGCUCUUUUAAGAGCCACCCAUAAUCUCACGUGAAGAGUCGAUGUCCUAUCAACGGUUUCUGAUCUGUGUCGUUACUUGUAUCACAUGUGACCAAGAUUUAAGUUUUUUCCUUCGAAUUAUGAUUUUUAAAUCCGCCGAUGCAGAUUAUCGAGUUUUAUUGUUUAAUUGUUCGUAAUCUCAACCCUUGUUAAUAAAAACACAAUUAGACCACAUUUAGUGGGAUCUGA